AUGAAGAAAAAGAAAAAGGUUUUACAAACCAUUCUACAAGAGAUUUAUUACAAUCCUAAGACUGGAUAUGGAGGAGUACAAUCUUUAUACCGGCAAGUGCGUGCAAGGGGACAUCUUUUAUCUAUUGCUGAUAUUAGAAAAUGGUUGAAAGAGCAAGAGACUUAUACUUUACAUAAACCCAUUCGCCGCAAAUUCAAGCGACAACAAACAAGAGUAACCGGUAUCGACGAGCAAUGGCAAUUAGAUUUGGCAGAUGUAUCCCAAUUAAAGAAAGAGAAUGAUGGAUAUACCUUUUUACUGUGUGCUAUUGAUGUACUCUCUAAAUAUGCUUGGGUGGUGCCUUUAAAGCAGAAAACGGGAAAAGAAAUGAUUCGCGGAUUACAACAGAUCUUUAAAGAAGAAGGGCGACAACCGCUUCGCAUUCAGUCGGACCAAGGGAGGGAAUUCACAAACAAGGAAUUUCUGCGCGCUUUUAAAUUCAUUCAUUUCUUCACCACUCGCAAUGCAGAAACAAAAGCAAGUAUCGUAGAGCGCUUUCAACGCACCUUAAAAGCUCGCAUGUGGAGAUAUUUCACUCGUCAUAAAACUCGAAGAUAUCUGGAUAUUUUACCCGAUCUGGUAUAUGCCUACAAUCACUCAUAUCAUCGCAGUAUAAAAAGAGCUCCAGCUGACGUGAAUACCUCCAAUGUCCUACAAGUGUGGAAAACUCUGUAUCAAAAGAACUCCUCUACACCCUUCUUUUCCCCUAAAUUUCACAAAGGAGACAUAGUGCGCAUCAGUAAAGCGAAACGAACUUUUGAAAAAGGAUAUCUACCUAACUGGACCAGGGAGUUGUUUACUAUAUCUCAUCGAGUCCAGGGGGCUGUUCCUUAUAGAUAUAAGGUACAGGACUAUCACGGAGAAGAAUUAGAAGGAACAUUUUACGAGUCUGAAUUACAAAAAGUCAUUAAAGAAGACGACGUCUAUGAAGUAGAGGAAAUCCUAGACUAUAAAAAGCGGCGCAUAGGGAAAAAAGUCAUUAAAGAAAUCAAAGUGCGUUGGAAAGGAUAUCCCCCUAGCUUUGACUCAUGGAUUCCUCAAACAGAUCUUCUACUUCCCAAAUAA